CAACUAUUGCUACGGCCUUUGAAUUUGCGUUAGCCGAUACGGAGAUUGACCGAAUGCUCCCCUGUCGGGAUGACCUGUGGAUGGAGAAUCAAAAAGUAGAAACGCGAUGGUUUGUCACGGGUACUCAAAGUUACGAUGAGACGCAUCAACAUCCCGUCGGGAGGCCUGAGAAUCUGGGAGCUUUCGCAUACUACAUCGAGAUCCUUGGAAUAUUGUCAAAAAUCCACAAGUUUCUAAAACAACCAGUUGACAUCGGUCGUCUAACUGAUGUAGAAAAGUGGCAGCUCCGUUACAAAGAGCUUGACAAGGAGCUGACGUCUUGGAACUUUGCCCUACCUGGCGAGUUUGGAAACAUGAACAAAGUUUUCCAGCCAGGCAGCAGAAAUCUAAACUGCAACUGGGUCAUGCUCCAUGCGACGUAUCACACAGCGGUUAUUCGACUACAUUCCUCGGCAGCCUAUCCAACAACUAGAUCGGCAAUCUUCACACCGUCAUUUAGUGCGGCGCAGAGAUGUCACGGUGCUGUGGAAAAUAUAUCUGCUUUGGGCGACUUUGUCGUGAACAACGGCUUCCUCCCUAAGCUGGGUCCACCGUUUGCCUUCACCAUAUGGGUUGCUGCGCGAGUGCUUUUGGUUCAUGGUUCUACUGUUGAACAUAAACUGUCGCCCCAAAUUUCCUUCUUUGUCGAUAUACUCCGCGAAAUGGGGCGGUAUUGGCCGGUAGCCGCUGGAUACUCGAGGUUGCUGCAGCGAGUACUGGACGAGCAUCGAGACAGCGAAAGACAAGGUGGCGGAGUCACGCCGAGCUCAGUCAAAAUUUUGGCCGACAUGCGCAGGACGGCGUUUGAUUUGGAUUUUUUGAUAUCACGACAGCCCCGGCAUGGUGCACAGGGUCUUGGUCACUUGGGAAGCGCAACACCCUCAAGGACGCCGGGACCGAAUGAGUUGGAGUAUUUGGACGUCUUCAACUUCUUCAAUGUCCCACGAAUUCCAUUUAGCGGGGAUAAUGUUUCUGGUGCCACUGAAGGCUUAAUACCAAACCCUGACAUGUCUUCGGCAAACACAAACAUGGACCACCCGCAGUACCAGCCGAAUGAGUUCAACAUCACCAAUUUUAUGAUUGAUGCGAGUAGCGACUGGCUUUUUAAAACGGAUGGGUCGAGUUUUUAGCAGAUAUUGACGAAAUAUCUAAUCAGAUUUUCCCAUGGAAACAAAUGAAUUUUGAAGAUGAUUCUUGAUAACUUUUUCUUCUAAUUUUUUUGCUUUUUUGUUCCUUCUAGCACACUGAAAAUCGAGAGGAAUGAUACCAAGAAUUGCUCAGUUGGAGCUGAGCUUUCUGUCGCAUAUUUAGAUUUAUAGGAUAAUACCGAUUGUAGUAUAUAUUCUGAUGCCUCUUGAGUGCUAAAAGAUGUAGCAUUUCUUAAUUGAGCCCUGUAUUAAUGUUAAAAUCACCAGUUAAAAAAGGCAUCGUGUUUGGAAUAGGCACUCGUGCACUGUAGUAUGUAUACGAUUACAUAAUCAGUAGAUAAGAUAAGAUGCAAUUCCACGCCAAUCAGGGUGUCACCGCCCGGCAGUAUUCUUUA